GCCACUGACGUAAGUUUUCGUCAGCUGCUCUGUUGACAAGUGACUGACUGACUAUUUGCUGAAAAAAUAUCAUCCAUUUAGGAACCUUAACUAUGGAGGGUAAUAGAGACGAAGCCGAGAGGUGCAUAGAAUUUGCAGAAAGAUUCAUAUUGGAAGGCAAAAUAGACAAAGCAGAAAAGUUUCUGAAUAAAGCAGAACGUCUCUUCCCAACUUCACGGGCAAAGGAAUUGUUGGAGCGAGUCAAAUUUACCCAGCAAUCAGGAGGAAAUGAAGGGCCACGUCAAAGGAAGACAUCAACCUCUGGUCCUACAAGUGAACCUACUUCAACUAAGAAGGAGACACCAUCAUCAGAGUACAAUAAGGAUCAUGUAGAGGCUGUGAAACGGAUCAAGAAAUGCAAGGACUACUAUGAAAUAUUGGGAGUUGACAAAGAAGCCACUGACAGUGAAAUUAAGAAAGCUUAUAAAAAGUUAGCUCUGCAGUUGCAUCCUGAUAAAAAUAAAGUACCAGGAUCUGCUGAAGCUUUCAAAGCAAUUGGUAAUGCUGUAGCUGUUCUCACGGAUGCUGAAAAACGGAAGCAGUAUGACUUGUAUGGAAAUGCUGACGAAAGAGUUACCCACACACAUACUCAAGCUCAUGAGUAUAAUUAUUCCAGAGGAUUUGAAGCGGACCUCACUGCUGAAGAACUUUUCAACCUGUUCUUUGGUGGUGGCUUACCAAGCCAAAAUGUGUAUGUUAGGAGAGGAGGCAGAUGGCAGAGGACAGCAGAGCAUCAUAACCACCAAAGAGGAGAGCCAAGCAAUUAUGGUGUUGCAAUGCAGAUGCUUCCAAUUUUACUGCUUAUUUUAUUGUCCAUGAUGAGUGGAUUCUUCAUAUCGGAUCCUAUAUACAGCCUCCAGCCCAGCUCUAAAUUUUCUAUUCAAAGAAAAACAAUGAAUCUUAAAGUGCCAUACUAUGUGAAGGAUAAUUUUCACACUGAACAUCAAGGCAGUAUGCGAAGACUGGAAAUGUCAGUUGAAGAAGAUUAUAUCCAAAACUUGAGACAAGCUUGUUACAGAGAGAAGAAUUACCGAGAAACAUUAUUUUGGAAAGCCCGAAAUUUUGGUGAUAGAGAUUUGUAUGAAAAAGCACAGAACAUGAGGCUCUCCAACUGUGAACAGCUUCAAAAUAUGCAAGGGGUUCACUGAAGGCUCAAAAUUCACUUGUUUUGUUAUUUCACCACAUUUUCCUUAUGUUAUUUAAUUGUUUAUGUUUGUCAGCUAGAACAAUGUUUUUCUUGUGUUUUGAAUCUUGCCUGAAUUGUGAAAGGAAGCACUCUUAUUUGCAUAAUUCAAUAGAGAUGGUUUACAUCACUGUCUUUCUGCAAUAUAAUGAUCAUGCAAUCAUUUUUUACUGAUUGUUCAAAAGAGGCUUUGUUAAUUGAAACAGAAACUUCCAAUACAGUACCUCAAAAAUUCCUUCUUUUUUUUUGUAUAUAGUAUUGAUUAAUGUGAAAUUUUUAGUUACUCAAUUGCAAAGAGGGCAGCUGUAUGGAUGGGGUUAUUUAUUACAUUGUGGAAGAGGAAACUUGAUAAGCCAAGGCCUAAAACAAUUUUUUUUUUUUUUCACAUCCUUUUCUUUGGGUUUUAUGAAUCUAAGUUAGAAUGCAUUUUCAACUGUGUUAUUGCAUGAGUAAGCUUUGAUUUUAUGUUGUUUUCUUUGAACUUGAAUUAUCAGUAUCAUAAACAUGUACAGUGGAACCUGCUUAUGAUGUAAUUAACUUGCAGGAAAUCUCAUGAAUUUUAACAAGAUACGUGGUGGUCAGGAUUUCUUAGCAGAUGUGAUAUUCCAUUUUAGAACAUUGUAAGCGAACCCCAUUAUAAGCAGGUUUCACUGUACAUCAAGUUUAGUUUUCAUUCUUUCAUAAUUAUUUAUUCUUCUGAGUCAAGAAUUGUGAUUCUCAAAUGUUUGUACAUUUUAUACUGAAUGUUGUUUUAUCCAACUUUUCAUUAUGUAUGUAGGAUUUUUGUCACUCUUCCAUCUAAAAUAUUAUUCCAUUCUCAUGUUGCAUGUGAAUUUACUGUACAUUGGGCUAACUGAAUGAACUCGCCGUUUGUGAAGUCUAUCUGUUGUUGCUUUCAUGAUAUAUAAUUUAUGUGCGUUGUAGAAAUUUGACCAAUUAUGUCACCUAAUUUUUAGUGUGGUGCCAUCCAACUGCAAUGUGAGGGUCCGAUCAUGUUCCUAUUAUUGUGCACUUCCCUUCUGCACAGAAUUUAGUAUACCUUUGACUAAAGCUGUCUUGAUUUAUCUUGAAAUGCUUCACUGACAUUUAGUUCCUAUUCCUGUCUAUCAUAAUCUAGGAAGUACAUGGGGUGCAUGGAGAAGUAGUUUGUUAAAUUCUGCUUGUGUUGGUUCUGAUAGGUGAUCUCACCCUGUUCAUACUUUCAAGGGGAUGGCCCAUGCAUCUGCACCAUAUCCAUGUAUGUAAACUAAGGUAGACAACAUGUGAUAUUGCAUUUGGGAAUAUGUAUCUUUGCUGAUUGGAUCAUUGUCAAUCUUUUGGUUUUUAUAUUGUCUCAAGCUUUGCUAGAACACAUCAUUUCAAAACAUUUGGUGAUCGGAACCCUGAACCAUAGUUGUCAGGAGCUAAGUCUUUAAUAAUUAAUUUUACUGUGAUGUGUGAUGCUUGUCUCAAAUUAUGUCAAUAUCAUCAUUACUGUCAUAUGCAGAUUUAGUUUAUUAUUAUGAGGUUGAUAUGUUACUGCUAGGUUUACUGGCCUCGCACUGAUAUUUAGUCCUGUGAGCGUGUUUUCAUAUACUGUACUGUAAUGUUUUUCAUGUAGUCAUAAUGUUCACUGUCCAUUAGAAAAUCACAUUGUGUGAUGUGAUGUGAUUUGCAUCACUAAUCCUGGUUUUAUUUUAUCAUUUUCAAAUUUAUGGAUCAAGGCCUGUGGCACGGUUCCAUCAAUUCAUCUUGGUUUUCUUUACUAAAAUUUGUACAAAUUAAAAAAAAAUCUAUCUUAAAA